AUGCCCCUUCGUAUCGACGGUCUCCCAACCGUGGCGUUCGUCCCCACAGCGAGCGGGGACGUCUUCGCCGUGCGAUGCGACGACGCGAACGUCGACGCGCUCGAGCGCGUACCGCGGCGAGCCGGUCGAGUCGACUCAAAACUGCUCGCUCAGAGUGCGAACGUCUUCUGCGACGACACGCGCGCACGACAGGAGCGGGCGCUUGAUGAUGACCUUACGACGUCCAUACGCACGGUUUCGAUGGCGCGCGUGGGCGUGCAGACGAGAGCGAUCACACCGAGCGACGCGGACGGGACGGUGGCGCCGUGUGCACCCACACCAAUGUUGCACGACACAGACGCGUACGACGUGCACUCGAAACCCACGCCGAGCGACGAUUGGGCGGGAUUCGAACGAAGUAAAAGCGUGGAUAGAGAUUGGGUCGAGCUCGAGCUCGGUGUAGAGGGUGCGGCGGGUGAUUCAAGUUCGUUGAUGCGCACACCAGCGCCGCAGGGCGACUUCGUCAGAGGAUCCUUUGGGCAAGUUCCGUUCACGCCGGGCGGUGAGGGAUGGGAAGCCGCCGCCAGAGAAAGCGCGGCGAAACGAGUGGAGUUGGCCGAUCGGGCGGGGAGGGCGUGGUUGGAGGAAUUUGAGGCAGGCGUAUACAUUGCGUCGUCCAACCUGCCGAACACGCUACCUGGAAUGCGAGACAUGUUUGCGUUGGACAGCGGAAUGAAGAAGAUGGAGAUCGAGCUCGAGAAGUUGACUGUGAUGGACGACGAAGAGCUGCCGAUGUCGUACGACAAUCUAUUCAUUGACGCACUUCGCAGCGCGGCCCGGCCGAUGGAAUCAUCGAGCGAUGAAGAAGAAUCAGAGACAGAGGAAGAAGAGGAGGAAGAAGAAACAGCGGAUGCGGAGGUCUAUGAAGUCGUGAUCGAAGGUGAAACCGAAGUGGAGGCACUGUUAAAUGGCACAAAAUCAAUAAUGGCCGCACAGAAACGACACAAGUCCAGGAAACAGGCAGGAGAAACGUGGGCGGUGAUGGAGAGAUUUCCGGAUGUGCACGAAGCAUACAGACAAGAGGUUCCGGAGCCCGCCCACGAUUUCCCAUUCGAACUCGAUGAAUUUCAGAAAGAGGCGAUUGUUCAUUUGGAAAAGUCGGAAAACGUUUUCGUUGCCGCACACACUUCGGCUGGCAAGACGGUCGUCGCGGAAUACGCCUUCGCGUUGGCGACUAAACACUGCACGCGCGCCAUUUAUACGUCUCCAAUCAAGACUAUCAGUAACCAAAAGUUUAGGGAUUUCGGCUCAAAAUUCGAUGUCGGUUUGCUCACGGGUGAUGUUCAAAUCAGACCAGAAGCGGCCUGUUUGAUUAUGACGACUGAAAUUUUGCGGAGCAUGCUGUAUCGAGGCGCCGAUCUAAUCCGGGACGUCGAAUGGGUCAUCUUCGAUGAAGUUCACUACGUCAAUGAUGCCGAGCGAGGCGUCGUAUGGGAAGAGGUCAUCAUCAUGCUCCCAGCGCAUGUAGGUUUGAUUUUGUUGUCAGCCACGGUGCCAAACGUUUUCGAAUUCGCGGAUUGGGUAGGAAGAACGAAGAGAAAGAAAAUCUUCGUCACCAGUACGAAGAAGCGGCCAGUGCCGCUCGAGCAUUGCAUUUACUUCGGCGGCGAUAAAGAAAAGGACUUUUACAAGGUUGGUGAGCACGAGGCAUUCUUACCCAGUGGAUAUAAGAUCGCAUCGGAGGCUUUCAAAAAGAAACAACUCGGUACCAAGGCGGCGACAGGGACUCCAGCGAACGCUCAGGCCGCGAAGCAAGUUGCAGGUAGAGGAGGGCGCGGAGUGACUCAACCGGGACGUGGAGGACGUGCCGGGGGACGCAGUGGAACGCCAAAUGUCAGCGCUGGUCGCGGUAGCUCAUCUGGUCCGAAUGCUGGUCGCGAUAAAAACAUGUGGGUCGAGCUCAUACGUAAUCUCGAGCGCCGGGAUCUGCUUCCCAUGGUCAUCUUUGCCUUCAGUAAGAAACGAUGCGAUACGCUGGUGGAUAGUUUAACUUCUAUGGAUCUCACUUCAAGCUCUGAGAAACAUGAAAUCCAUAUCUUUUGCGAGCGGGCAUUGAGCCGUUUAUCGGCCCCCGAUCGUAAGCUACCGCAAGUACUGCGCGUGAGGGAACUUCUUCGCCGUGGUCUCGGAGUACAUCACGCAGGUCUCUUGCCGAUUGUCAAAGAAAUUGUGGAAAUGCUGUUUUGUCGAGGGUUGCUCAAGGUCUUGUAUUGCACCGAAACCUUCGCGAUGGGCGUGAACGCUCCAGCUCGAUGCGUAUGCUUCCAGAGCUUGCGAAAACACGACGGCCAAGAUUUCAGAGGUCUUCUGACAGGGGAAUACACGCAAAUGGCUGGACGAGCCGGAAGACGUGGCCUGGACACUGUCGGCACGGUGAUCUUGGCUGCUUGGGACAAUUUCCCACAAGAGCUGGAACUCCGCCAGUUGCUUUCUGGUCAAGCGACUAAACUGCAAUCACAAUUUCGUCUCACAUAUGGUAUGAUUCUGAAUCUCAUGCGCGUCGAGGAUUUACGGGUGGAAGAUAUGCUUGCACGCUCUUUCGCCGAGUUUCACGCGCAACGGAGCUCAAUAGAUAGAAGAGGCGAGCUUGCUGUUGAUAUGGCGGCUCUCAGAAAAGUGGAGUCACUGAUCGAAGUGGAAGCGCAGUUGUUACCAACAGAAUGGCAACGAGCUGUUGAGUGGGACGAAUACACCAGGAAAAUUGCACAAAGUGGCGAGCACGUUCGAGAGAUUAUCAUGACGAGCCGCGGCGCUCAGAAUGCCCUCGUCGCUGGAAGAAUCUUACUCAUAGCUCCAGAAGGGGAAGGCAACAAAUCGGAUGGACUUCCGCGAGGUGGUGUUGCCAAGCACUGCAUACUGCUACGAACCGUCACUUCCGUCACCAGCGGGAAGGCUUUUGUGGUACUCGCUCCAUGUCCAGAGGGUCAUGCUGCCUAUGGCGAUUCUGAUUUGCUCGCCGACGCAACGGAAACAAACGAGUUGAAGCCUCUACAAAAAGAUGAACUAGAUGACGACGACUUCUUCAGUAUGUCAGCAAAGACUACCGGCAAGCGCGAACAUGAGAGCUCGAAUAAACUACCUGAAGGUUUACCUUGGUUCAAGCAAGCAGCGGGCAUUGAUUACAUCGUGGCAAGUGUGCCGGAGACCGCGGUGCUCGCCAUCACGACGAGUCGAUUGAACGUGGACGCUGGUGCGAUUUUAGACAGCAAAAGCCCCAGUGGAGAGGCUUCCAGAACAUUGCUUGCCCUCGAAAAAUUAUCGAAUGAGAGUGUGUUUGGGGCGCUUCAUCCUCUCAAGGAUUUAAAGAUUGCGGACAUAGUCGCAGUGGAAGCAUGUCAACAUCAUUUCGAUUUGGUGAAGGAUGCGCCCCCAAAACCGACAGCCUCCGCGCAAAAGCUACGUGAGUGGUCUGCAUUAUUGAGGGCGAAGCAUAUCCUCACUUGGAGGGUGUCUGAUCUCGAGUUUGGUUUGUCAGACGCCAAUCUGCAGCAAAUGCCAGAUUUCGAAGCGCGCGUUGCCGUGUUGCAACGCAUGGGAUACCUGGACGAGAACAGGACGAUCACCCUUAAGGGUCGUGUCGCGUGCGAAAUCUCCACCGGAGACGAACUCGUCGGAACGGAGAUCAUCUUCGCCGGUGUCCUUGGCGAUAUCCCGUUUGAGGAAGCCGUAGCACUCCUGGCAGCUCUCGUCUUCCAGGAAAAAAAUGCUUCCCCUCCAUCGCUCGAAGGUUCGCUCAAGGAAGCGUGCGAACGUGCCAAAGAGUUAGCGUUUGCCGCCGGAGAGUUACAGCUCGCGCACGGGAUCCAGAUUGCGCCAGACGAGUUCGUAGAGACGACUAUGAACUUUGGUUUGUCCGAGGUUGUGUACGAAUGGGCGCGAGGCACGCAGUUUGCAGACAUUUGUCGGUUGACGGACGUUCAAGAGGGGAGCGUCGUCCGUACCAUCGUUCGUCUCGAUGAAAUGUGUCGCGACGUGAGAAAUGCAGCGAGAAUCAUGGGCGACAGCACGCUGUAUGCGAAAAUGGAAGAGGCGAGUACAGCGAUAAAACGCGACAUUGUUUUUUCCGCAAGUCUGUACAUAGCGGGCGCGCAAUAG